CCACCCUUUUAACGGAACCAUAAUCACACCCCUCCACAAGCGCCUAAUGUGUCUCCCAUGGAAUCCUAUAUACACUAGACUAGACUCAGAUACCUGUGAUAUUUAUAUACAUUUUACACACAACAUAUAUCUUUACAGAACAUAGAGAGAGAAAGAUGGCUCUACUCAAGCUCUCUUCUCCUUUUCUUUUACAAAAGUAGUCUGUAGUCAUCUCUCUCUCUCAGAUUCUUCUUCCUCUUCUUCCCACCUUGUCUCCAUCUCUUUCCCUCCAUCUUUCUCUCUCUCUCCAUCUCUCUCUCACCACCUCCCUCCAUCUCUCUCUCUCUCUCUCUCCCCCACACACACUCUCUCUGUUGCAGAUGUGAAAGAAACAUGCAUCUGCUAUCUUCUUGUUAUAAUUCCUAGUAGCAUUGUUCCAAGCUCCUGCCUUCACUUGAUUCUUUACUGGUAUAUCAAGUUCUGACCUUGAAUGUGCUUGAUUUAAGUUCUAAUUAGCAGAACAUAAAAUCUAGACCAAUGACAAAGGUCAGUCCAGAGCUUGGAUAUGAGGGGCAAAUGCCCGUGUCUGCAGACGUGAGCUUUGCUUCAGAUCAUUUUCCUGAAUACAAGCUAGGUCCUGAUAAUCAAGUCUUGGAGGAGGUGAAAGUUAAUACGGAAGGCCCAUCUUUAAAGGAGGUGGUUGUGCAGGAAACUUCUUUGUUGUCAGAGCAGCAUAAACGUCUUUCUGUUCGAGACCUUGCCAGCAAAUUUGAUAAGAAUUUGACUGCUGCUUCUAAAUUGUCCAAUGAGACGAAACUCAGAGAUGUGGUGUCUUUGGAUGGACAUGUUCUUCUAAAGAAACUUAGGGAUGCACUAGAAUACCUAAAAGGGCAGAUGACAGGUGAAAACAAGGAAGAUAUGGAAAAAGCCAUUUCCAUGGUGGAAGCAUUAGCAGUAAAGCUGACUCAAAAGGAAGGUGAGCUGAUUCAAGAGAAGUAUGAAGUCAAAAAGCUAGCAAGCUAUCUCAAACAGGCUUCAGAGGAUGCCAAAAAGUUGGUCAACCAAGAAAGAUCCUUUGCUUGUGCUGAAAUUGAGAGUGCUAGAGCAGUAGUUCAGAGAAUCGGAGAAGCCCUUGAUGAACAAGAAAGGAUAUCACAAACGUCAGAGAAACAGGAACUGAAGGAACUAAUGGAGGAGGUUCAGCAGGCUAGAAGAAUUAGAUUAUUGCAUCAACCCAGUAAGGUGAUGGACAUGGAACUUGAGCUUCGAGCACUUAGACUUCAAAUUCAAGAGAAAUAUACAUUUUCUCUUAAGCUUCAAAAACAGCUGACAAUGAGUAAGUGGGCUGAGGCAAACAAGUUGAGUAUGUAUGAGUUAACUGGGUCUGAAACAUUAGGAUCCAUUAUACGAGUCCAACCUCGCUCAGGGGAAGCUCUGGAGCUCUCGAGAUGCUCAAUUCAGUGGUAUCGUUUGUCAUCCGAAAGUAACCGAAGGGAAUUUAUUUCAGGUGCCAAUAAAUCAAGUUAUGCUCCGGAGCCUUUCGAUGUUGGCCGAAUAUUGCAGGUUGACAUUACCUCAAAUGGCCACAAAGCUGCAGUUACGACUGCUGGUCCAGUAGAUCCAGCUGCUGGAGUGGGAACUUAUGUUGAGACGCUUUCACGGAAAUCCAAUACCGAAUUCAGCGUUGUCAUUUCCCAAAUGAAUGGUAGGAAUUACUCGUCACAUUCCGUUCAUUUGUUUCAUGUGGGGAAGAUGAGAGUAAAACUUUGUAGAGGAUGGAUUACAAAAGCUAGAGACUCAUAUUCGACAUCUAUGCAGCUGUGUGGAUUUAGAGGCGGUGGAAAUUUAGCAGCCAAAUCUUUGUUUUGGCAAGCAAGGAAAGGUCAAUCCUUUGUGUUGGUAUUUGAUUCAGAGCGAGAUAGAAAUGCAGCCAUUGUCCUUGCCAGAAGAUAUGCUCUCGACUGUAAUGUUGUGCUUACUGGGCCUGACGAUAUAGCAUCCCUGUACAUCUAACCAACUGAUCUAUAGAUUUGAACUAAUGCUGAGAGUAUAACAAAGGGGGUUUUAAGUGUGAUUUAGUUAGUGUUUGCAGGGGGAUGGACAAGCCAUUCAACUAAUAUGGUUACAUCCUUUUUAGGCAUAGUUUUUUUGUUUUGCCUUGUCAUUGGUUGUAACAUUUUUUUAUUUUUUAUUUUGCUGUUUGUUUAAAAUCUUUCAAUGCUUAUUGUUCUCGCUGAUUGCAUUAUAUGAAUCUAUAGAAGAUUUGGUGUGGCGUCUA